AUGACCAAGGGAAAAACGCAUCGCAAGCUCACUAAAAGUUAUGUGCUGUUUAUGGUGACGAAGCCUCAAAAGAACGACAGUGUCAAAAGUGAUGAAGAACGCUCUGGUCGUCCAGUUGAAGCUGAUGACAACCUUAUCAAAGCAAUAAUCGAUUUGGAUCGUCACAGUACAACACGUGAGAUCGCAGAGAAGCUCCAUGUGAACCAGCUCAAACAACAUCAAAAGCUGAUAAUCAAAAAAGGUUUGUUAUCAGUUUGGCAGGAUUACAAAGAAUUGUCUACAUUGAACUUACCACCCAACCGAACGAUCAAUUCUGAUGUGUACAUUGAACAACUAACGAAAUUAAACAAUGCUGUUGAAGAAAAGGGGCCCGAAUUGACAAAUCGAAAAGGUAAGGUAUUCCAUCAUGAUAAUGCAAGGCCACACACAUCUUUGGCCACUUGGCCAAAAUUAUUGGAGCUUGGUUGGGAUGCUUUGCCACUUCCACCAUAUAGUCCUGACCUUGCACCAUCAGAUUACUUUUUGUUUCGUUCUUUACAAAACUCCUUGAGUGGUAAAAAUUUCAGUAAUAAUGAUGAUGUCAAAUCGCACCUGAUUUUUUUUGCUAAUAAAAAUCGGAAGUUUAUGGACGUGGGAUUAUGA